AUGAGCAACACCGUCGACUCCAAGUCGCCCAGCGGCGAUCCCGCCAAGAUUGAGGCUUAUGCCGACGAGAUCAACCAUGGCGCCGAUCUCGACGAGAAGUCGAAGCCCGCGGACUACAAGGCGGACGCCAUUGAGGCCGAGCAGGCGGAGUUCAACAUGGGAGUGUUGGAGGCCGUGAAGCUCUACCCCAUGGCCUCCAUGUGGGCUUUCAUCAUGUCCACGACCAUUAUUAUGGAGUCCUACUGCGUCUUCCUCAUGGGCGCUUUCGUCGCCAUGGACGAGUUCAAGCAAACAUUCGGUGUCAAAGACAAGGAUGGUGAAUGGCAGAUCGAGGCAUCGUGGCAGUCUGCGCUCCAGAUGGGCGGUCCUCUUGGCGCCAUCAUUGGUGUCUGCAUCGCCGGUCCCAUCACCAGCAAGAUCGGAUACCGCUGGGCCACAAUCACUGGUCUCAUGUUCUUGAACGCCUUCAUCUUUGUUUUCUACUUCGCCAACUCGCUCGCUGUCAUGUUUGUCAGCCAGCUUCUGGAGGGUGUCCCCUGGGGCAUUUUCAUCGCCAACGCCCCUGCGUACUGCAGUGAGAUCGUCCCCAUGAGACUGAGAGCCCCUGCGACCCAGAUGCUGCAGAUGUUCUGGGCUAUUGGCGCCAUUAUCGUGGGUGGUGUUUGCUACGUCUACGAGAGCAAGAUGGACCCCAGUGCCUACAGGGUCCCGAUUGCCCUUCAAUGGAUGUUCCCCACCCCUCUCGCUAUCCUCCUCUUCAUUGCCCCGGAGUCACCUUGGUGGUUGGUUCGUAAGGGACGCCUCGAAGAAGCUGCGAAGUCGGUUCGACGCCUGGGUCGUGCUUCGGGCACCAAUGCCGAAGAAUCCAUUGCCAUGAUGCGCCGCACUAUUGACCUCGAGAAGACCGUCAAAGACCCUACCUAUCUGGAGCUGUUCCGAGGCGUUGACACAUACCGCACCCUCAUUGUUUGUGGUGUCUAUGCGGCGCAGAACCUUACGGGUAACCUUAUUGCCAAUCAAGCCGUUUACUUCUUCAGACAGGCCGGUAUCGGCUCUCAACUUGCCUUCGCUCUGGGUCUUAUCACUUCCGCUCUGCAAACCAUUUUCGUCAUGCUUUCCUGGAUUCUGACGACUUACCUCGGCCGCCGAACUAUCUACGUCUGGGGCUCUUUGAUUAAUGUCGUCUUCCUGGUUGCGCUUGGUAUUGCCGGAUCCUUUGAGCGCUCUGAUGCGUCAUCUUUGGCGAUGGCAUCUCUCGGUCUCAUCGUGUCUGUCGGUUUCACACUGGGUCCUGCUCCCGCCUCCUGGGUCAUCAUCGCGGAGACAUCGGCUAUUCGCCUCCGUCCCUUGACGACCGGUAUUGGACGUGCCGCUUACUAUGUUGUGAACAUUCCUUGCAUCUUCCUCUCAACUUACAUGCUUAACACGACCGGUGUCGACUUGGGCGGCAGGUGCGGUUACGUCUGGGGUGCCACCGGUUUCGUCUGUUUCGUCCUUGCAUACUUCUACAUCCCUGAGAUGAAGGGACGCUCCGUUCGCGAGAUCGACAUCAUGUUCAAGCGCAAGAUCCCUGCCCGCCAGUGGAAGAAGACCGUCAUCGACAUCAACGAUGACGAGUAG